GGAAAGUCCACAGAGACUAAGAAAAGUCCAUAAUCUCAGACUCUACUUAGCCGUAAUUCUCUUUAUCUUUCUUUCUUUCUUUUUGUGGUUCCAACCUUUCAUUUCAUUUCUCUCUCUCUAUAUAUAUAUAACAUAUACUCCAAGUUAGGCCAACUUCCAAUCCAUUUUAUGUUAUUGGUGAUGGAAUUCUCAGUGACCAAAAAGAGGUGUUCUCAAAAAAUAGGGGUUAGACAGUACAAGAAAUCUUCAGUUCCUCGUUUGAAAUGGACUCCUGAGCUACAUGAACUCUUCAUUGAAGCUGUUCAACAUCUUGGAGGAGGAGAAAAAGCAACUCCAAAGAGAAUUCAACAGAUGAUGGCAGUUAAGGGAUUGAAGAUUUCUCAUGUUAAAAGCCAUCUCCAGAUGUACAGAAACUUGAAGGAGCGAGCCAGCAUCAAUAUUGUUAGGUCUGUGAACAACUUCCGUGAAGAGAGGCCACAAUUCUCUUGGUCUUCUCCGCAGCAUGUGUGUGAAACACUAGAACAUCCUUCAAAGAGCAGCAAGCAGAUAGAACCUGGAAGUCAAUUGUCUUACAAAGCAAGAAUCAAUGAAUAUAGUGAACCAAUUGGUGAAAAUAUAUAUAAUUGUGACCAGCAGGAAGCACAAGGGAGUUUAAGCAGUGGAAUGACAAAGGAAGAACAAGAUGGUGGUGGUCCAACUAGUGAAAUUUGUGAGUUUCCACAAGCAGAUGGUGAAUGUGAAAGAGAGAUCAAUUUUUGGCCUUUGGAUGAUCAUCAAAAUUCCCAGUCUGAUGAUCAUAAUAAAUUACAUUGUACCAAGGACAAUUCUCACAUUAACCUAGAUUUAUCUAUCUCUUCUUGUUUCUAUUGUUAAUUAAGGUAAUAUAGAGUAGUCCCCUAGAAAGCUUGUAGAGUACUAUUUGUCUUGUAUUUUAUACGUUAAUGUGGGAUCACAAUAAUACUGGCAUUUGUAUCUAGGCGCCCAGUAGUUUUUGUACUAAUCAUGAACAAAGAAAUUCUAGUGGAUUAUUUAAUUCUUA